UUACACCCCAAUUUGGCUCCGCAAACCUCAAAACCCUUUCUUCUUCGUCUCUCUCUCAAACUCUCUUUGUAAAAGUCCCCUCUUUCUCUCUCUCUAUCUCCCAUGGAAGACGACGAUGAGUUCGGAGAUCUAUACACUGACGUUCUUCGCCCCUUCGCUUCCUCGUCGUCUUCCUCUGCUCCGCCGCCGCACCAGGCUUCCGCUGCUCCGCAACCUCUUCGCCGUCCAAUCGAUCUCAAUCUUCAGAACGACGAAGACGACGCCGUUUUCGGAGCCCCCAGCUCCAAUCCUGUUGAAACCCUAGCUCCCGCCGUUACGGCCGAUUCCGCCGCCAAAAUUUCGGUUUUGUCCGUAGAUGCCGCGAAAUUGGACCGCGGAACAACGGACGAUUCGAAUUCAAACUUCGGAAUUCGACGCCAAGACGAGAAUUCGAUUGAAAAGGAAGUGACUUUUGAUAUCGAGGAAGGUAAUUUGGGGAUUGAAGAGGAUGUUGGCUCGGAGCCGGUGAUUCCCGGGCUCGAGAGCAGCUUUCCGAUUCGUGCGACGACUGAUAUAGAAAAUCUAGAAGCUUCUAGAAGGGAUGGUAGUUUGGGCGGCGAUGGAGUUGAUGGCGGCGAUGAUUGGGACAGCGAUGAUAGCGAGGACGAUUUACAGAUAGUUCUGAACGAUAACAACCACGGUCACAUGGGAAUGGAGAGGGGUAGAAUGGCUGGUGGUGACGACGAUGACGAUGAAGACGAAGACGGGCUCGUUAUCGUGGCGGAUGGCGACCCCAAUCAGGCUAUGGAAGAGCAGGAUUGGGGCGAGGACGCGGCGCAGGCAGCGGAUGGCGAGAGGAAGGAGAUGGGAGAAGCUGGAAAGCCCGGCGUGGGCGGCGCGAUGGCAUCAAAAAUUGGUUACAGCAAUCAUGGUUUCCACCCGUUUCAUUCUCAGUUUAAGUAUGUGAGACCUGGUGCGGCGCCAAUUCCUGGAGCAACUACUUCUGGCCCUGGAGGAGUACCAGGUCAAGUUCGUCCACUCGUGAACAUGGGUCCUAUGGCUGGUCGAGGACGAGGUGAUUGGCGACCAUUGGGAGUAAAAAAUCCUACACAAAUGCAGAAAAAUUUUCAUUCUGGUUUCGCAGCUUGGGGUGGCAAUGCGUCAGGGAGAGGAUUUGGCAGUGGACUGGAGUUCACACUUCCUUCACACAAGACUAUAUUUGAUGUUGACAUUGAUGGUUUUGAGGAAAAACCGUGGAAAUAUCCUGGUGUUGAUACAUCCGACUUUUUCAAUUUUGGCCUUAAUGAGGAUAGCUGGAAAGAUUAUUGCAAACAGCUGGAACAACUCCGCUUGGAGUCUACGAUGCAAAGCAAAAUUCGUGUUUAUGAAAGCGGGAGAGCAGAGCAGGAGUAUGAUCCUGAUCUGCCUCCAGAAUUAGCAGCAGCAACAGGUAUUCAAGAAGUUCCUUCUGAAAAUGCAAAUUCUAUAAAGCCUGAGGUUGCACAAGGUGAUAUACAAAAAGGGUCAGCUCGUGUUCGGCCACCACUGCCAACUGGUAGAGCAAUACAAGUGGAAGGUGGUUAUGGUGAGCGUCUCCCCUCCAUAGAUACCCGACCACCUCGAAUCCGUGAUUCAGAUGCAAUCAUUGAGAUUGUCUUGCAGGACUCCCUAGAUGAUAAUGCCUCUGAAGGAAAUAAUGAUCCAAACAGACUAGACAAUGAUAAUGAUACACCCAAGGAGGAUUUUGGAGGGAACGUAGCUGAAGAAGACUCCACAGUGGUGGACUCUGAGUACGCCGACAAAUUUCCCCAGGCUUACAGUGAUCAAAAGAGAGAGCCACUUGGACCAAGGGCUCCAUUUUGUGAUGACAUACCUGAUAGAGAUAGAGUUUUGCCCUUCCCUUCAGAACCACAGGUUCGAACUGCGGGUUUCUGUGCACAUGUUUCAGUGCAUCCUGAUGGCGAACUUUCUGCUAGAUAUGAUGAGAGACAAACUCAGGGAAGAGUAUGUGACAGAUCUCCCCGCAUGACUCGUAGCCGAAAUUCGAGGGAAAAAAAGUAUAUUAAUAACGAGCCAGAAGACUCUGUUGAGAGCAUGGACAGUAAACAAAGCCCUCUAUCAUCUCCUGCCACUUUUAGGGAUGCCCAUGAAUCAAGUGUUGAGCCGAGAGAUGUUGAUGAUCACGACGAGCUUGUGCCGGCAGAUGGAAGCCCCAUAAUGGAAAAAGAUGAUACAAUUUCAAAUACAAUAGCAGUAAGUGAUACUCUUGAGGAUGGAACAACAAAGAAACAGAAAAUAAUUUCUCAAGUGGAACAAUCUUCCAACAAAGAACCUGAUGAUGGAGAUGACUCAAAGGCCGCCAGAAGUAGUGAUAACAGCAGAGCAAGAUCAGGAAGCAGCAGGGACUGCCCAAAGCGGUGGGACGGGAUUGAGGAGGAAGUUAUUCAAGGGCAUUCAACUCGCAUGGGAAAUGUUAAGAGACACUUUGAUGAAAAGGAACAGGGUAUCCAUAGGAAAAUCCGCGAUGGAAGACAAGAUUUGGAAAGAAAUCGUAUGGUUGGAAAAGGGAGGGAGGACUAUUAUCCUUACAAAGAAUUUGAUCCUAGCUCGGUUCAUUUGCACAUGAGAAGUGAUGGGUUUGAGAGGCGGAAGGAAAGGGACAAUCCUGAUGGGGCUUGGCAACGGAGAGACGAUGAUUCUCAUAAUAGAAGAAUUAGAACAGAAGAAACAAGGAAGAGAGAACGUGGUGAUGAAGUGGGAUCCAGGCAUCGGAGUAAGGUUCGAGAAAGUGACAGGAGUGACAAAGAUGAACUUAUCCAUUCAAGAAAACAGAUGGAUAACGGCAGCCACAGGGCUCAUUAUGACAAAGAUGUUGUCCCUCGUUACAGGGGAAGAGAUGAUAAUUUGAAGGGUAGAUAUGAACAUAUGGAUGAUUACCACAGCAAGAGAAAGAAAGAUGAAGAACAUCUGAGGAGGGAUCAUGCAAACAAAGAGGAAAUGAUGCAUGGCCAAAGGGAGAAUACCAACCGUCGAAAGCGAGAAAGGGAUGAAGUCUUGGAUCAGCGGAAGAGAGAUGGACAGCAAAGACUUCGGGAUGGACUUGAUGAUCACCACUCUGUUAGGCACAAAGAUGAAAGCUGGUUGCAGAGGGAGAGAAGUGAGAGGCAGAGAGAAAGGGAAGAGUGGCAGAGGUUAAAACAACCUCAUGAAGAUAACAAGCCUAAGCGAGAAAGAGAUGAAGGGCGGAGCGUUACAAGGGGUGGGCGUAGUUCAGAAGAUAAAGGAUGGGUUGGCCAUCCUAAGAUUAUGGAUGAAAGUAAAGGUCCUGAUAAGGAAUACCAAUAUAAAGAGACAAUUCGACAUGGUGAGCCAUCCAAAAGAAGGGACAGAACUGAGGAUGAAAGUUCUCGUCAUGGGGGACGUGAGGAUGCUUAUGCACGUGGAAAUCAAGUGAGUAAUGGGGAGAGAAGAUCCAGACUGGAACGGCCAAGUGUUCGCAAUGAUCGUUCUGUUAAUGCUUCUGAUGACCUAAAGGUUCAAGACAAAAAGCAUAAAGAGAACGCAAAGAGGAAUAGAGAAUCUGAGGGUGGUGAUUACAUCACUUUAGCCUCUUCCAAGAGAAAUCAAGAAGACCACGGUGGUCAGAGUAAUGAGACGGUUUUGAAGGGAAGCAUUGAAAAAGGCUUUGGUGAGCGUGAUAAUCCAGCGCAGCAUCAGUCUUCCAGAAAACAAAAGGAAGAGGCUUCUUCUGACGACGAGCAGCAAGAUUUAAGAAGAGGGCGGUCCAAAUUGGAACGUUGGACAAGCCAUAAGGAGAGGGAUUUCUCUAUCAAGAGCAAGUCGUCAUCUACCCAAAAGUGUAAGGAGAUGGAUGGGAAUAACAGUGGAUCUCUAGAAGGAAGAAAAAUCUCGGAUGAACCUUCCAAGCCAGUUGAGACUGUUGAUAUCCAACAUUCAUUGGCUGAAGAGAAAGAUUGCACUGAUCUGGAGGCCAAGGAUGGUGACACAAGACUGUUGGAUGAUCGGCACCUUGACACAGUUGAGAAGUUGAAGAAACGAAGUGAGCGUUUCAAGCUGCCAAUGCCAAGUGAUAAAGAUGCAUUGGCAGUCAAAAAGUUGGAGAGUGAAGCACUGCCUUCUGCCAAAAGCGGAUCUCUGGCUGAUUCCGAGAUUAAACAAGAACGACCGGCUAGAAAAAGGAGGUGGAUCAGCAACUGAUUUGAAGCCAUGCGGAAUUUGCGCUCGAUUGACAGAUUCAUGGUCUGCUUUCUAGUGGAAGGUCGUCCUGGCAUAAUUCUUUAUUUCUAGAACCCUGCAGAUAUGAUCAAGCUGUGUUGUCUCUAAAAUGAUAUAUAUUAGGGUUCUUCAGAUGGCCUUGUACCUUUGCAGACAUCCCUUGUAUCAGAGUGUGCCACCAUGCGCAUUUUGAGUUUCAUGUAUAUACUGAUGAAUGUAAUAUUUAAUUAGUCACACUGAUGGUGGCACAGAAUUGCUUUUAGGGAUUAUAAAUGUGCUACUCAGGUUUCAUCUGCGCCUCGAUGAGGGCUCGCCCGGAUAAUGUCAUCAACUGAACCUGUUGUAGAAGCUCAGGUGUCCGGGGAUCCAAAGGCACCAGUUGAAUAUUGGCAAGCUUGAAGAGCUGAAAGAUAAGUUCAGUGCAAAAUUGUGAACCAAAGACAAGCUUGGUUGUUUGAA